UUUAAUUUGUUUAGAACUCAAUAACAAAAAUGUUGUACUUAGCAACUAAAACAACCGAUUAGACGCUGUCGAUUGUUUUCGCUUGACUAGACAAACGUUAAUAAAGACAGUUUGGCUUGUAUCAACAGUUAACUUUAUGUCAUGUUAAUUUAUAUUCACUUACUCGGACGUUUGUUGAAAUCUGUACAAAUUCUCCAGUAUGAGUCCUCUAAAGAAGAAAAGCUACAUGGGACAGCACCAGGUCAAAAAGAAAAUAAGUUUCCAAGCCAACGAGGUGCCACCGGACGGACACGGGCUGUUGCAGAAAACCUGCUACCUGUCCGACAAAACAAACAUAUCACAGAAGUUCAGCAAAGAUAGUCACAUGGGUGGAGGAGCUGUGUCUCUGCUGGGGGAAUCCACUUUAGCUCUUGAUGAGGAGAUGCUGCAGGUUCUGGAUGCUGUUGACCCUGUAAGACCCGUAAUUACCAACGCUGGUUUGAUAACAGUAAACAGACCUGCUCAGGAGGAGCCAGCAUCCUCAGCUUCUUUUACCACUUCACGGCCUCCUGCGUCGAUGGUACACAAUAAAAAUGAGAGUGAUGCUGCGAAGACCAGGCACGUGGCAGGCCGAGGACCCCAGGAUGCCUCCAGCCCUCAGGAGGGAGUCUGUGAACAGGGUGGGAAAUGUAAGAGACCGGGAUGGAGAGCUGACUGCAAAGACCUCGCUCAGAAGCUUCUCUUCAGUGCAGACUCUGAGGAAGCGGAUCAUGCUCAGAAGAGUCCAGAAAACAACCAUUCAAAGCCUGCUUCUGCUUGUAUCAGCAAUCUACCUUGUCAAAAAAUACAGAACAGUCAGCAAGCAAGCACUUCCAGCAAGCAGGAGCUUAUACUUAGAAGGAAGCACUCUCCUCCCAGCAAAGACAAAAAUGGAUCACGUAGUAAUGCUGACCCACCUCUGGAUGUAUCCAGGGACUACAUCCUGUUCAGCCCCACUCGUCUGGCAGCAGCUAUGAAGAAGGCCAAACUCCAGCGGUCGUUACAGAAUCAGUCUGCUUCUGUGCUCACAGUCCCCAGUGGCCUCGAGCUCAGCACUCUUAGCGACACGCUACCUCAGCCAGGCAUUGCCUUGUGUGCGCCUGUGGAACAAGCUGAGAAGCUGCUGUUAUCCAGCUGGGGAUUACCAAAACCUGUCCUGGAGCGCUACCAGAAACAUGGAGUGACUCAGAUGUUUGAGUGGCAGGCUCAGUGCCUCACUGUUGGCCAGGUGCUGCAGGGAGGUAACCUGGUAUAUUCUGCACCCACCAGUGCUGGGAAGACUCUGGUGUCGGAGCUGCUUAUGUUGAAGCGAGUGUUGGAGACCAAAAGAAAAGCUCUCUUUAUUCUGCCAUUUGUCUCUGUGGCCAAAGAGAAGAUGCACUACCUUCAGAGUGUGUUUGAAGAGGCAGGGGUUCGUGUGGAGGGAUACAUGGGCAGCAGAUCAGCUGCUGGAGGCUUCACAGCACUGGAUGUGGCUGUUUGCACAAUAGAAAAAGCCAAUUCUCUCAUUAACAGACUCAUUGAAGAGGAUAGUAUGGAUCUUCUAGGUAUGGUGGUAGUAGAUGAGUUGCAUAUGGUUGGAGAUUCUGGAAGAGGAUACCUGCUAGAAUUGCUCCUAACCAAAAUCCGCUACAUCGCACAGAGGCAGAACACCACAGGGUCUCUCUCUGAAGGUGUACAGAUAAUCGGUAUGAGCGCCACUCUGCCAAACCUCUCUCUCCUGGCUAGCUGGUUAGCAGCAGAGCUUUACCAGACAGACUACAGACCUGUUCCCCUGCAGGAGCAUCUCAAGGUGGGCUGCAACAUCUAUGACAAGAGCCUCGCUGUGGUCCGACAGUUCACCCCAGCUCUCCACGUUAAGGGUGAUGAUGACCACAUAGUGAGCUUGUGUUAUGAGACGGUGAGAGAGGGCCGCUCUGUGCUUCUGUUCUGCCCCUCAAAAAACUGGUGCGAGAAACUGGCAGACACUAUCGCUAGAGAGUUCUAUACCCUCAGGCAUACUGAUCGUUCGGGUGAAACGGAGCCUCAGCCGGUGUGUCUGGAUCAGGAGGGACUAGUGGAUGUAACAGCCCAGCUGAGACGUACUCCGGCUGGCUUAGACCCCAUCCUACAGCGCACUGUGCUGUGGGGGGUGGCCUUCCACCAUGCUGGUUUGACAUUUGAUGAGCGUGACGUGUUGGAGGGAGCUUUUCGUCAGGGCAUGGUCAGAGUCCUAACUGCCACCUCCACCCUUUCCUCUGGGGUUAAUCUGCCAGCUCGCAGGGUUAUCAUUAGAACACCUACUUUUAAUGGACAUUUGUUGGACCCGCUCACAUACAAACAGAUGGCUGGACGAGCAGGGAGAAAAGGCGUGGACACUGCAGGUGAAAGUGUGCUGGUGUGUAAGCAGGCGGAGCGUCAGAAAGGUAUUAGCCUCCUUAAAGGUGCUCUUCAGCCAAUCAGCAGCUGCCUUGUGAGAAGAGAAGGAGAAGGUGUCACCACUAGCAUGCUGCGAGCCAUCCUGGAGAUAAUUGUUGGAGGCGUAGCCAGCACUCCACAGGAUGUGAGACUGUAUGCUUCAUGCUCACUUCUGGCUGCCAGCAUGACAUGUGAAAGCAAGAAAGGAUCAAAUGAAGAGGCCAACAAAGGAGCUAUUGAGGCCUGUGUUGAAUGGCUGAUGGAGAAUGAAUUCAUUAGUAUCCAGAAAGAGGGACAUGAAGAGCGCUACUGUCCAACCCAGCUCGGUGCUGCCACCCUUUCCUCCUCCCUCUCUCCUCCAGAGGCUCUGGGAAUAUUUGCAGAUCUCCAGCGGGCCAUGAAGGGCUUUGUACUAGAAAAUGAUUUGCACAUUCUGUAUUUGAUCACGCCGCUGUACGCAGAGUGGACUACCAUAGAUUGGUAUCAGUUUUUCUGUUUGUGGGAGCAGCUGUCGUCAUCGAUGAAGAGAGUAGCAGAGCUGGUCGGCGUCCAGGAAGGCUUUCUUGCACGAUCUGUCAGCGGCAAACUUGUUGCCAAGACAGAAAAGCAGCAUAGACAGAUGGCUAUUCAUAAAAGGUUUUUCACCACUCUUGUGCUACAGGAUCUGGUGAAUGAGGUCCCUUUGGGAACAGUUGCAUCCAAAUAUAACUGCAAUCGUGGACAGUUACAGUCUCUCCAGCAAUCUGCUUCCACAUAUGCAGGUAUGGUGACUGUGUUCUGCAAGCGUCUGGGAUGGCACAACAUGGAGCUGCUGCUGUCUCAGUACCAGACCAGGCUGAGCUUUGGAGUCCAGAGGGAGCUGGUCGACCUGGUCAGGGUCUCCCUUCUGAAUGCAACACGAGCCAGAGCGCUGUAUGCCCAAGGUCUCUGUACUGUUGCAGAACUAGCCAGGGCUGCUGUAGCUGACGUGGAGAAAGCCUUGAGGAACGCUGUACCUUUUAAGAGCUCAAAGCGUGCGGCGGAUGAGAGUGAGAUGGAGGCAGCAGAGAGACGAAGCCUCCGCUGCGUCUGGGUCACUGGUGGACGAGCUCUGACAGAACAAGAAGCAGCGGUUGAGAUACUGUCUGAGGCAAGGCUCCUUCUUCAAGAGGACCUGGCCCAGUUAGGAGUUCAGUGGGACCCGACAGCGCUUCUCUCCGGUGCUCCUGCUGUAAACAGCCCUGAUGACCUUCACAGCAGGGACUCAAACACAUCGUCAGACUCACAUCUCAGCUCACAUGAAGCCCAGACAGACAACACUGAAGAGGAUCAAAAGGGAAAGCAAAUCAAGAAUAGAGUUCCUGACAAACACAGAGAGGAGAGGAAAGAAAGUUUUGAAGCCAAGAAAAGGAUAGUUGAAAGGACAGUAGAGAAAAAGAAAGACAGGCAAGAAAGAGAAGUCACAAGGGAGCAGGGGAACUGUGAACCUGAAGUGAAGGAAUUAAAGAGACUAUUGGAGGAUCCCACAGAGGAACAAAGGGCCGAACCAGAAAUCAGACAGCCAACCAAUGACGCUCCAGUGAAAACAGGUGAAGAAACAGUAAAAGCAGAGUUAAAUAAACUAAAGGCAAAUAUCACAGAAAAUCCAGAAGAGAUGAAAAUAAGAAAACAGGAGAGCACAGGUUCAGAGCAAGAAGGAGAAGGAUGCAAAAAAACGAAGCCAAAAGAAGGAGAGACAAGUAAAGCUACUGUCUCAAUCAGACCAGAGAAUCAUCAAGCCAGUUGUCUUGUUCAUGAAAGGAGUUUGACGCAGGAGUUGUCUGAGAUCAUAUCCACCCCACUGCCUCAGCUGCUGCCACAGCCAGAGCCAUCACAGUCUCCAGUGCCGCUCCCCCGCUUUAGGGCCCCAAUAUCCCGGCAAGAGCAACAGCAAAGUGUUUCCACAAAGACAGCAAAAGGAGACUGCACCACAGGGCUUCCUGCCUCACCUGUUCAGUCAGGUAUACUGAAGCACUCAAGAGCCUUAAGCAGGGUCCUCCAGUCCAUACAAACUGACAAAUGCCUACAAGAAAAUGUAGAGGCUGCACAGACAUCACACUCAAAACCCACAGUAGUUUCUUCAGUCCAAAACUUAGUGCCUUCAGGUCAGGUGACGACAGCUAUUCCUGCUCCUGGCUCGAUGCAAGAAACACUUCCUGGUGUUUCUGCACCUACAAACACAGAUAUGUUAGACUCUCCCCUGUCUGUCUCUCCUGAGGCCAAGCGAAGAAGACUGGAUAGCGACAAGGCAGAUAAGUUUUCAUCACCUGAACUCUACACAGGAGAUAAGACAAAUGAAGAGGCUGAAGAUGUUAAAAUGGGAGAGGGGAGUUUUGGUGACAGCUUUGAAUUGGACACUCAGACAGAAAGAAUCAUUGUUCAACAGACACACCAACACAGAGAUGAGAGUGAUGGAGGUAUGGAUCAGUUGGUAGAAACACAAAAGAAAAGAGAGGAGGAAAUGGUAGAAGCAGCUGUAGAGUUGGCUAACAACACAGAUGAGAGAAGAAAUGAGCUUGAAGGCCCUGAUAAAAUAUCUCCCAGGUUCAAUAUUUCUCUCACAGAUAGCCAGAUGGAGCUCAUCCUUAACACCAGCCACCAGAUUUCCCCUGGUCCAGGUGGCGGUGAUAACACAGAUAAAGAUGAAGGCACAUGUGAUGAUCAGAGCCCUGAAGCUGAUCAGGCUGCUUCUGAGAGUUUUAACAGAAGCAGCAGCUUCCUGUUCGACAGCCUGUAUGAAAGUCCUCUCCUGGCAGGUCUGAGCCCGGAUCAAUCGGACAAAGACCAAUCUGUGAGUGAGGAGGUCGGAGACAAGUGUCCUCUCCCAUCCACCCAGGAGAGACGAUGCAGCGAGCUCCUUGCCAACCAGGAAGCAGAAAAGCAGGAGGCAAUCCAAUGGGGCGAGUCCUCCUUUAACUUGUCAGAGUGGGGUGACUCGCUGUUGAUCGGUGAACACUUUCUGGAAAGGCAGACUCUGUUGAAACAAACGGAGAGAACUGAAAAGGGGCAAGAAGCCAGCUGUCAUCGAGUGCAGCCACCAAACACUGACAAUGUUCUGACUGAAGAGCAGCAGUCAAAAUCACAAUCUGAACUCUGUUGGAUACAACCACAACUUUUGAUUGCAGCUCAAAACGAGCAUGACAGGGAUAAAGCCAUUAAUAACCAGGGACACAGAAAUGAAAUCAAACAGCAGAAUAAUGCACCAAAAGACAUUAAACUAGGUGGAAGACAGGAACUGAUUAAUGAAAAGAAUGACAUUCAGGAACAGGGAAGGAAGAAAAGAAAUGAGGAGAAAGACAAGGCAGAAGAAGUGGAUGUUUUAUUGUCAGAUAAUACAGUUUUCAAACACCCACAUGUCCAAGAGGCACCUUUUUGUUGCAGCCCUGGUUUACAAGAGAUCUUUGACCGCUGGCCUAGUAUGUCUGACCAGCAAAACAAAACAGGAGGCCUCACAGCCACUCAGACACACACUGCUGCUGUUGCAAACACAACAUGUGCUCCAGUGAUACCUCAGACCCUGACAGAAGUGGGCAGAACAAGGGGAAAGUCUGUUUCUGCUGAGAAUGACUCUGAAAAGGAGCAAACCUCAAAACAUGACAAUGAGAAUGUAACGGAGAGACCAGGCUCUGCUGGUGACCUUAUUCCCCCGACUCAGGAAACACCACCUGUCACACCAAGAGUAAAACUGACCACCUCAUCUGUCCAGUCGCCUCUCACUGCUCAGCCCCGUAACCAGUCAACUCCCUCAAGCCUUUUUCAAGGAAAAUCACCAAAACAUCUUAAAUGUCACUCAGGAAACAGUAAUAAUCUGUCAGCAGUUGUGUCUGUUUCCGACAAUAAACAGCUGAAAUCUGCACCAGAUCACCAACACAAAUAUUGUUUUCAACCAGAAUUUCAGAUGUUACUUAAAACUGAGCUGAAAUCUGUUCCUCCCUCAAGUUGGAAAACCAAACGCCCGCUACCCACCAGCCACAAUCUCAUCCCUCCCAGAGAUGGUGCUUCUCCAUCCUCCCCCGAGCCAAAGCCUCUGUCGGAUACAGAAUCGCCUGAGAUCCAUGAGGGCUUCACUCUUCAGCUCUCCCAGGAUGCACCGCUCUGUUCCAGCAACUCUGGAACCUUCUCCAUCAUAGACGUGGCAAGUGACAGGCGCCUGUUUGACACUUUCAUUAAAGAGUGGAAAACAAAGGAGCGCUACUCUCUGGCUUUGGCCUGUGAAAAGAGGGAACAUAGACAGCAGCCUGAGGGGGAAAUCGGAGAGAAACGAAAUAGUGUGUCAGCAGCUCGUCAGAACACAGCUAAUGGUUUCCCAGUAAGGAACAGUGAAGGACUUGUGUUAAUUGGACUGUCUGUCUGCUGGGGAGCAAGAGAUGCAUACUAUAUAUCCCUGCAGCAAGAGCAGAGCAGAGGUCUGAGCUCCAGUCUGGCUCCUCCUCCACUGGACGAGGAUUUGCCAGUAAGUGAGCGUCUGCAGCAGAUGAAGUCCUGUCUGAUCAGACAGUCAGCUGGUCGUGGAGUGCAUGUGGUCGUCACAUAUGACAUCAUCCAGGUGUACAAGACGCUAGUUCUGAGCUGUGGCAUCAGCUUGGAGGGAGACUGUGAAGACCCAAAGGUUGCAUGCUGGCUGCUGGACCCUGGCAGUGAGGAGAGGACUCUGCCCAACAUGGUGACCGUCUACUGUCCUGAAGAAUUAUCUCUGCUGGAAGGGCUUGGGAAUGCACAUUCCUACUGCCCUCGAGUCAGGGCAGCGUCCACGAGUGUGCUCAUAUACGCUGUCAUGAACCAUCUCACCACCAUGCUGGAGAAAGAUGGCACACUAGAUUUAUUCAGGAACAUAGAGAUGCCUUCCCAGGUCUGUUUGGCCUUGUUGGAACUGAAUGGGGUUGGCUUCAGUGUUGAAGAAUGUGAAAGACAAAAACAUGUGAUGCAAGCCAAACUGUCGGCGCUGGAAUCUGAAGCUUACAGUCUGGCUGGACACAGCUUCUCCCUCACCAGCAUCGAUGACGUAGCUCAGGUGUUGUUCUUGGAGCUCCACCUUCCUCCAAAUGGAGACGUGAGUGCAUCAAAAAGUAAGAAGACUCUGGGCUACACUCGGAGAGGUGGUGGCAGAAUACGACUUGGAAAGCAGUUCAGCACUACCAAGGAUGUCCUGGAGAAACUUCGACCCCUGCACCCACUGCCAGGUGUGAUCCUCGAGUGGAGGCGGAUCACCAACGCCUUGACUAAAGUGGUGUUCCCCCUGCAGAGGGAGAAGCAGUAUCACCCCUCACUGAAGAUGGACAGGAUAUACCCCACUGCCCAGACACACACAGCCACAGGUAGAGUGAGCUUCACUGAGCCCAACAUACAGAAUGUCCCCAAAGACUUUGAGAUCUACAUGCCAACGGUGGUGGGUGAGAGUCCGACUUCACAAGACGGCUGCCACAUGAGCAGCAAAGCAGGAGAGAAGAGACACUCUGUGAUGCCCUCAGUUACAGCUAAACCUGCAGAACAAGGCCCUGCCUUCUCCGUCAGCAUGAGACAUGCUUUCAUUCCUUUUUCAGGUGGAAUGAUAUUGGCUGCUGAUUACUCCCAGCUGGAGUUGAGAGUGUUAGCUCACCUCUCAAGGGACCAGCGCCUCCUGCAGGUGCUGAAUGGAGGAGCGGAUGUGUUUCGCUGCAUCGCUGCUGAGUGGAAAAGUGUCGACCCGGAUUCUGUGCAAGACAGCCUCAGACAACAGGCAAAACAGAUUUGCUAUGGCAUUAUCUACGGGAUGGGAGCAAAGUCACUGGGGGAGCAAAUGGGAGUGGAGGAGAACGAUGCCGCCUGCUACAUCGAGAGUUUCAAAGCCAGAUACAAAGGAAUCAAUGCUUUUCUUAAACAGACAGUUAAGAACUGUAUAAAGGAUGGCUAUGUUCAGACACUGAUGGGUCGUAGGAGAUAUCUUGCUGGAAUCACCAGCACCAAUGCGCACAUCAAAGCUCACGCAGAGCGACAGGCCGUUAACACAGCUGUACAGGGUUCAGCAGCUGACAUUGUUAAACUUGCCACAGCAAACAUCCAGAGACGGCUACAAAAAACUUAUCCUGCAGCUCCACUGUCUCACCAGCACACACAACCAGCUCGUAAUAACCGCAGAGCCGGGACGUCGCAGCUCAGAGGAGCCUACUUCAUCCUCCAGUUACACGAUGAACUUAUCUUUGAAACCACUGAAGAGGACCUCAUACAGGUUUCACAGAUCGUGAGGAGGGAGAUGGAGUCAGCUGUGAAAUUGUAUGUACAGCUAAAGGCCAAAGUCAAAGUGGGACCAAGUUGGGGGAACCUGCAGGACCUUGAUAUAUAAUAAUUUAAUAUUUCAUAUUGAAAUUGAACACAAUUCACUUUUUUUUUCUCAGUGUUCUUUAAGAUCUGUAUAUACUAUCAUUUGCACAAACUCACUUUUCAAUCACAGUAAUGAAAUGUAACUUAAAUCCAGUCGAUUUUGCUAUGAGAACUAAA